GUAAUUGUAUUCCCGCACUUUUUAAUAUUACUCUAUUGUAGCUUUUUAUAUCCAAGCAACCGGUUGGUGUUAUUGCAAUAACGCGAUACUAUACUAUUUAAUUGUUCUCUCCACACUAUAUAUAUUUUGCUACCCCGCGUCAUCCGCACUCUACAACAAGCGCGCCAAUUGCCGACUCAUUGAACGCCAUGGAGUCCAGAAGUUUAAAACUCGCGCAGGAAUUUGCCAAAGAUGCUCUGAAGGCGACCAAGGGAGGCUGGUUCUCAAAGCCUGAGUGGGAAACAGCCGCUCAGUAUUGGGACAAGGCAGCCGCGUCGUACAAGACGGCCUGUCAUUAUGAGGAGGCUGCAGACUGCUACUCAAAAGCCAGUGAGGCAUACGUGCACGUGAACGCAAUAUAUCUGGCGGCCAAGUGCGCUGAAAACGCCGCCACGCUCGCUGAAAAGCAUCUCAAGGACCAGGCAAGCACCAUUGCAUUUUACAGCCGCGCCAGCGACUUAAUGAUGGAGAAGGCGGCCAAGUCUUGCGAGGGCAUUGACAUCAACCGAGCAAUCCAGCUGUACGACAGCGCGCUGUCAAUCUACGAGUCGGAGGACCGCGGCCGGUUUGCCAUAGACACGUUCAAGCGGGUGACGAGGUUUUUGAUUGACAACAAUCGUCUUACUGAAGCCAUCGCGAUACAAGAGCGCCUGGUCACAGUGUGCGAGCAGAUUAAUAACCGUUCUGACAUCAACAGGGCUCGGCUGAGCGUCAUUAUUCUACUGCUCGCGUUUGGCGACAGCGUGGAGGCUGGAAAGAAGCUUGAUGAGUAUGGCCAGGAUAUAUCAUUCGUCCGCUCCAAGGAGGCUGGCCUGGCCGACUAUAUGAUCCAGGCCUACAACAAUGGCGACCAAGACAUACCAAACGCUAUCUUUCUUGAGAGCAGCAUCGCCCGCCUGGCCGCGCGGAUCAGAGUACCAGGGGGCAAGCGCCUGGUGCCCAAUGUCGACGCUCAAGCUCGCUCCCCCACCGGAACACCCCAGAUUACUUACCCUCCAACCCCUGGAGGGAACUCUGCUGGCGCCGCGCCGCUCCAAACAGCAGUUGCAAUCGAGGACGAGGACGAUGACUUACUUUAGCCGAAGAUGGAUUUCGAUCAACGUGAUUUUCAACUUUAGAUUAGUUAAUUUCGGAUACUUCGAUUAAUUCGUUACUCGCGUAUUUUUUUGGCCGCAUUUUCUGUCUUUGCGACAACUUUGACGAAUAAAAAAAGCGUGUUGUCGCAACACUUCUUUUUCACCUUC